CAAACUUCCCCGGACAGCAAGCACAAUAGUGUACAGAACCCAACGCAAAUCCCAGCCAUACCCCUCCGUACCACAACCAUAUACUUUUAUUCCCUUUAUACCCUUGUUGUUUUAUGCUUUUCCACCCCUACCUGGAGUAGACUCACUCAGGUCUCAGAUAGAUAGGCAGGUUUCUUGACCUCUCCAUCCAAACAGAAGAGAAAGUCAGUCUUCUCCAGAACCAAAAAAAGAAAAGCCUUCUGAUAUUUUGCAGCAAUGGUGAAGUCAAGCGAAAGUGGGGUCGCUCCUUUCUUGAAGAAAUGCUAUGAGAUGGUUGAUGAUGAAUCAACAAAUUCGAUAAUCUCAUGGAGCCAGACCAAUGACAGCUUUGUUAUAUGGGACAUGACUGAAUUCUCUGUCCACUUACUGCCUAAGUACUUCAAACACAGCAAUUCUUCUAGUUUUGUCAGGCAGCUCAAUAUCUAUGGAUUUAGAAAAAUUGAUACAGACCAGUGGGAAUUUGCAAAUGACGGAUUUAUCAGAGGGCAGAAACAUUUGUUAAAGAAUAUCUGCAGGAGGAAAAAUUCUCAGGGCACAGACAAUCGAAAGUCAGUGCAACAGCAAGACAACUCCAUUGAGCAUUGUGAAAAUGUUGAAAAUGUGGGUCUCUGGAAGGAAGUUGAGAACCUGAAGACAGGUAAACAUGCACUUACACAGGAGUUGGUUAAGCUCAGGCAGCACCAGGAAACUGCAGACAAUAAGCUGCUCCUGUUGAGGGAUCGCCUUCAAGGAAUGGAAAAAAAUCAGCAGCAGAUGCUGUCUUUUUUAGUGAUGGCAGUGCAGAGCCCAGGGUUUCUAGCUCAGCUACUAAACAAAAAGGAAAAUAAUUGGCGGAUAGCUGAGCCAGGAAGCAUAGUGGAGCAGGGUGCAGAUGAUGCUGAGCAGUUGGCUUCUGAGGGAAUGAUAGUAAGGUACCAGCCACCAGUGGAUGAAAUGUUCGAACCUGUACAUGCACCACCAAUUGGUCCAGAAAAUCCACAAGAAUCUAACCCAUCUUCUGAUGGGAUGAAAGAUUUUUUUGUGAGUCCAGAUUUUAUGGAACUUCUCAUGGAUGAAAAUUUGGGUUUGGAAAAUCAUACCUCGUUUGUUUUACCAGAAUUAGCGGAUGAUGGUUCUUGGGAACAACUGCUAUUAGCCAAUCCUUUCAUUGAUAAUAUUAAAGACACCAAACCCGGUUCUGAAGAGAGCACUGAUACUGAAACUGAUACCGGAACAACAAUUUCUGGAAUGCAGCUGGAGAGAUCCCAAAGUUUUGAAUAUUUAAUAGAACAGAUGGAGAAGUCCAAUGACUUGGAGAGCAAAGCAACUGAUGAGGGACCUCACUUUGAGAAGUCUCACAAAUUGGAAAUUCUAACUGAGCAGAUGGGUCUUCUGGCUUCGGAGCCAAACCACUAACACGCAGCAACAUACCACAUACAAAGACGUAUUAUAUCAGACAGGCAAUUUUAACUAAACAAUAUUUAGGUGCGGGGACAUGUUUUCUCUACAUCUGCUGGGAGGAAUUGCUUGGCUGUAUUUUGUUCCUUGAAAAUGGCGUCACCUAUUAUUCGCUAUAAACAUCAACAAUGAUAUAUAGUCAUUGCCUUUUACUUAAUAGAUUCAGUAUUCUAAAAUGUAAUAGGCAUUCGAUUUUAUAUAUAUAAGCGUUUUUUUAUUUUUGGAAGCCCUUCGGGAGCUUAGCUGCAGUACUGUGAUUGAACCAUCCAUCUGGUUAUAUUGUUAUCCAAACGAUUUUUCUCCUCUAA